GCGGGUCCCUGAGCAGGAACAUUCCCCAGCACACCAUCUCACUCUGCCCAGUUCGAUCGGCAACGGGAGCGGAAAGAGGAAAGCAGAGAGCCCCAAGGCAGUAGCCCCCACCACCGCCGGCCCAGGUUACCAUCUAGCACCGGGAAACAUAGCAGAGAGCCGCCGCCGGCAGAAGCCAUUACCAACCAGUAGUAACCAUGAGCAGCGAGGCCGAGACACAACAGCCGCCCGAUGCCGCUGCCGAUGCGGAGAGCCCAUCGAGCCCGGCAGCCGAAGCUUCCGCGGUGGAUAAGAAGGUCAUCGCAACUAAAGUCUUGGGUACAGUCAAAUGGUUCAACGUCAGGAAUGGAUAUGGUUUCAUCAAUAGGGAUGAUACAAAAGAGGACGUUUUUGUACACCAGACAGCCAUCAAAAAGAACAACCCGAGAAAAUACCUUCGCAGUGUUGGAGAUGGAGAAACUGUGGAGUUUGACGUAGUUGAGGGAGAAAAGGGAGCAGAGGCGGCAAAUGUCACCGGCCCAGAAGGCAGUGCAGUCCAGGGUAGUAAGUACGCUGCUGACCGGAACCGCUUCAGGCGCUAUCCCCGAAGAAGGGGCCCUCCCCGCGCUGGAGAAUAUCCAGACAACUACCAGAGUGACGGAGAGGGUGAGCCAAGCAACGGAGGUCGUGAAAAAGGCAGCCGAGAUGGGGGAGAGAGCGCCCCUGAAGGAGAAUCCCAGCCACAGCAGCGCAGACCCGCUUAUCCCGGCAGACGGCGCUACCCUCCAUACUUUGGAGGCGAGGGCGACGAGAGCCAGGGAGGUCCUGAUCAAGGCAAACAACCAGCGAGGCAGAGCUACUACAGAGGCUUCAAACCAAGGGCUCCACCCCGCCCCAGACCGGCACAGGAAGGCGAGGAGGACAAGGAGAAUCAGGGAGGCGAAGGUGGUCAAAACCAACAGCCCCGCCAGCGUCGCUAUCGCCGCAACUUCAACUAUCGCCGCAGACGUCCACAGGCUGGCGACAAACCCGGCCCAGAAAACAAGGAGGCCAAGACAGGAGGUGACCCACCUGCAGAGAAAACGUCCGCUCCCGAGGCCCAGCAGGGUGGGGCUGAGUAGGAAACAACCUGCCCACCGGCACCUACCAUCGUUUACCAUCGUCCGGUUUUUUUGUCAACAAGAAGAAACAUCAAACAAGAUCUGAGCAAUAAAGAUUUGACUUGACGAUCGUCACAAGCUUGCACCAUGCAUUUGACCAGAUUACCACCGAUUGCCUGCAGAAUCUAUGCAGACUUGUUUUUUUUUUCCAUUAUUUUUAUGUGACAGCUACAAAAAGUUUUGGGGAAACAGCAAAUGUUUUUCUAAAUCUGUCCUAAGUUUUUACACCAAAUGGUUUUUAAAGAAAAAAUAGAAUUUGAUAUCUGGUCAGUUUGACAUUUUUAAAUAACUUUUUAUGUAUUCAAACAUUUUAACAAAAUGCAAGCUCAAAUAAAAAUCCAGAAACCAGGA